AGAGCUACCACCAGUACAAGCUUUAGUGACUGAAUCCGGCGGAAAGCAGUCAUUCCAGGAACGCUGAAACUAAAGAACUACACUACUUUCAUUUUGCCGUUGAGGCUGAGAUUUCUACAUGUUAUUAUUAUUAUUAUUAUUUUAAAUAAUAAAUACUUUUUGUUUUGCUUUUCCACGUUCUACUCUCAGGGACUACGAUGGCUUACGUAGGAAACGGAGCUGGACAUGAUGUUGAUGAGGAACACUUUGAAGAUGCCUAUGAAAGUAUCCCUACGGCGUCCAAAAUGGAUUUGAAAACUGCCUUAGAAGAAUGCACAAUGGCACUUAACCUCUUUUUGAACAACAAGUUUUCUGAAGCUCUGGAUAUGCUGAGACCUUGGGCGAAGGCUAGCAUGUACCAUGCCCUGGGAUACAGCACAAUCUUGGUGAUGCAGGCGGCCAUGACCUUCGAACACCAAGACAUCCAGAUGGGCAUCAGCGUAAUGAAAGAUGCACUACAGACCUGCCAAAGGUUUAGAAAAAAGAACACAGUUGUGGAAUCUAUAUCCAAUUUAGUUUCCAAACAAGCAGCUGACCAAUUCAAAGAAGAGGAAAUGCAUGCAGAUCUCUGCUAUGCAGAGUGCUUGCUACAGAAAGCGGCCCUAACAUUUCUGCAGGAUGAAAACAUGAUCAACUUUAUCAAAGGUGGGCUCAAAAUCAGAACAAGUUACCAAAUAUACAAGGAAUGUCAGCAGCUUUUAAACAUGACUCAGGAUCUUUCUGGCAAGAAUGAAACCUACUGCCAGUUUGAAGGGGGCGUGAAUUUAGGAAUUGGAGCAUUCAAUCUGAUGCUGUCCCUCCUACCUGCAAGAGUUCUAAGGCUUCUGGAAUUUAUUGGGUUUUCAGGCAAUAGGGAGUUUGGGCUCUCCCAGUUACGAGAAGGGGCUUCUAGCCACAGCCUGAGAGCUAUACUGUCUGUUCUGACCCUGCUGCUUUACCACACUUACGUUGCUUUAAUCCUUGGUUGUGGUGAAGGAAACCUUGUAGAAGCCGAAGCCCUGUUGGAACCCUACCUCAAGAAAUUCCCCAACGGGUCUAUUAUUUUAUUUUAUACAGCCAGGAUAGCGGUACUUAAAGGAAACUUUGAGAAGGCUGAAGUGAAGUUUCAGGACUGCAUUGCAUCCCAGCAGGAGUGGAAACAGAUCCAUCACCUCUGUUACUGGGAGCUGAUGUGGUGCCACACCUUCCAGCAGAAUUGGCUAGAGGCUUACCGCUACGCAGACCUGCUCUGUAAGGAAAGCAAGUGGUCAAAGGCAAUAUAUGUCUUUCAGAAAGCUGCCAUUCUAAGCAUGCUUCCAGGUGAAGUUGUCACACAGACUGGGGAGAAUGUAACUGAGCUGUUUAAACAAGUUGAAGGGUUAAAGCAGAAAAUUGCUGGUAAAUCCAUUCCUACAGAAAAGUUUGCUGUGCGAAAGUCCCGACGUUAUUCUGCUCCAAAACCUGUGAAACUGGUGGUACCUGCUCUGGAAAUGAUGUACGUUUGGAAUGGCUUUACAAUUGUUGGCAAGAGGGCUGACCACACAGAGAGUCUGCUCAUUACAAUUGAACAAGCAGAAGUGGCAUUGAACCAAGAAACCAAUCCCUCAGAAUACCAUCCUGAUGACCAGUGCCUUAUCCAGAUGUUGAAGGGACUUUGUCUGAAACAUUUGGGUCGUCUUUUGCAAGCUGAACUCUGCUUCACUCAAGUCACCACGAGUGAGAAGAGGAUAAAAUAUGAUCAUUAUUUGGUGCCAUUUAGUUUAUAUGAGCUGGGGCUCUUAUACAAGCAGCAAGGAGACUUUCAAAAAGCCAGCAGAUUUAUAGAAAAUGCAAAACAAAACUACAAAGGCUAUUCAAUGGAAUCCAGACUGCACUUCCGUAUCCACGCUGCUCUCAACAGCCUCCGAGGAUCCCCAGCCACCACACCUUGACAAGAUUGUUCGGUCUGUUUUUAAACUGUGUCUGUAGUGGCAGGUUGUUCUUUCAGGGAUCUGAAUUAAGCUAAAAGAUACAAUGGAAGUGUCCUCCACAAGCAUUUCAUUCACUUAAAACAGAGUUGCUGAUAGUAAAUUUAAAAAGUAUUUCAAUCAAUAAACAGCACUUGGUGUUUAGCAAGCAGAUAUAACAUGGUGUGUAGUUGCUAUUAAAUCUAGAUCUAUACAUUGGCAUUUUUAAAAUCUGUCUGUACUUUUAAUAAUCAAUUGCGGCAACUCGGUUGUUUUUAAUUGGUUUUGGGACAGUCCUCUGACAAUAAUUUCUGUUUAAUCAAGAUCUAAAUAUUUGUUCAUGAAUACCUCACAGACCUAUGCUUGAAAUACCAAUGUAAAGGAUGAUAUUUAAUGCUUACUUGGGGCACUGAAUUUUGAAAUGUUACUGACCCUGAGUCCUGGUUACUGGUUUUGUGCUACAUGUUCUAAAUCUCUUUAAUGUAUUUUCCCUUUUUUAAGCUUUACAUUAUUACAAUCAGGUUUGUGUGUGUGUGCACUGUGGUGAGUGUUAAUAUCUUGUUUUAUGGAAAAUGUGUCUUUGUGUUAGACAAGGCAUUCCUAUCAUCAACAACCCCUUUCUCUUACUGAUGAAUAUACUUUUAUAUGCUCUGUUGGAGCAACAUUGUCUGACCUGGUUUCCCACACUACAAAAAAUAACUGAAGGUGGUUUGGCUAUACUGUAUAACAUUGUGCAUAUUAUUUUCACGAUUAGUUUCUGACCUUUUAAUAAUAACUCUUUAUGUUUGUUCAGCAUAUUCUAUUGCAUUUUCUGGCAUUGUCAUUUAUUUGUCAACUACUAAUACAUUAUUGAUUCUGCUCUACAUAUUUAGUUUUAGAUGAGGAGAACUGGGUUGUGCACUUCUGUGUGUCUACUACUUGCUGCAUGAAGUAGCAGACACACACAACUGGCUUAAAUACAUACAAAUAGUAAGUAUACAGUAGUUCCUGUAUUAAAAUGUCUCACCCUCACAUUUCAAACAUGACAAGACCCUUUCCAAAGGCCAGUGUUUAUUGGCUUAAAUACAUAAAUAAAAUACCAUUUUAUUAGUGUUAUAUUUAUUUAUUUUUUUAAUCUGAGGAACUACGCUGCUUCAAUUUAAGUAACAAGAAUCUUUACCAGAGUAGCUGUAGAACAUGACAAAAAAAGGAAAGUCUGUGGCAGAAAGUACUGGGGAAAGCUUGGCUCCUCAUCCUGUAAAGGCCCUACCGGACUGGAGUGCAGGGUGAGCCAUAUGAUUAGGAGCUGGCUGGUUUGAAUCCUCCUGUGCUGAGUUGCUGUUCUUGACCGGGAGCCCACAGAAACCAUUGAAUUAACUUUUGCCUUCCCUUGGGUUGGGGAGGAAAAUAGUUUGGGCACAGUUAACACAUCCCCCCCCCCCCCCCUCACUUCAGUAGCCUCUACUGGUCAUCAGAGCAUUGGAGAUUGCAUAGUCUGGGUUCAGCAGUUUAAGAGAACCCAUUGUUUUAGGUUCAGCAGGUGAAAAGAGGCAAUUGACAAUGGGAAUAGAGGUCACCCAUCUACUGUAUAUUCAGUGAUCUGUUGUAGUGGUGAGGUGGCUUUCAAAUUGGGCAUUUAAAAAUGGAUGUUAAAUUGAUAAAUCAUGAAUAAUAAUUACAAAAAAAGUAGGGGAGACAGUAAUUCACCACAAACAGGGAAACAAUCUGGAUAAUUUACUGUUACUAUGAGGUGACAUGCUCCUACCAGUGUGCAUGUGGUGGGAUUUUCCUGUAGGCUUUCAGUAAUGUUUUAUGAAUGAAUCCCUGUGUUCUGUUUUCUUGAUGUUUUAAAUUCACUGUUUAUGGCUUGAAAUUCUUAGUUCCUGAAAUCUUUAGUGUAUUAAAGCUGAAUUAAACAAAUGCCAGGUGGGUCUGCUGUGAUUUAAGAAAGGCACAGUGGGGCAACUGAAUGGGUGCACCAGUUCAGUCUUUCAAGCAACUUGCUGUGUGUUUUUUUUUCUGCUGAACUUGUUUGUGAAAAGCAAAUGCUGUAACAUUCCACUUGUAAAAAAAAAAUGUAAUGGGAUUGUAGAUUCAUUCAAAUCAUUUUACUAAAGUGUUUCUAGAGGUUGCUUUUUGUUUCUUUUUCCAAAAACCUUAUUUGAUGAGGGCAUUGAGGCAAAUUUAUUUUGAAAAGUUAUUCUGAAAAACAGUUGAGAUAAUAUACAUGAAAAUUACAUAUAUAUAUUCUUAUUUAUUUUAUAUCCUGUAUAAUUGUACUUUGUUGUACAUUUUUUGAAGUGUUCAUGUGGUUUUUUCUAUUGUGAAAAAUAAUCUAAUAGGCCUAUUCUUCUAUUUUAUUGGUACUCAAGUCUUGAGGACUUCUGUUACAAGUGGUACAUCCCCAUAACUAAUGCACAUAAAACACUAUACUGUAAUACUGCCAAAGGUACACACAUGGAUUCUGAAGUAAAGUAUAGUUAACAAAGUCAAGUAGAAAAACAUUUUGGCAAUGCCUUGGAUUUAUAAAAAGGAACAGAAAAAAUGUACUUAAAUGAUAAAAUGAUGCUGUUUACACACUAUUGCAUUACAGGCAGAGGGGCAUUUUGGUGUUUCGAUGAAUGAUAAGCAAUAGCUACCCAAGAAAAGCCAACUUGCCAUCACUUUCAAACACACCAAAGUCAUUGCUGUGCUCUGUGGCCCUGGAGCUGAACUGACUGGAUCAGCAUGUGUCUCAAUUUACCUAGUCUGAACCCUAAGCCCUGCCUGGAAGUGUGGCUGGCUUCCACAUCUCCACUGCAUGUAGAAGUAGCAGGGAAAGGCUGGGUGAAUGGGUCUGUGAUGCUUUCCUAAAUAACAGGUUGAGUGGAGACUCAGCCAGUGUUUGGCUAUAUGUUAAGGAGCAGAGAGCUGCUGACCACAAGCAUGCUUUAGCGUCUUCAGGUCCUGGGACACCUGCUGCUGCCUUGGCUCCCAGCAGGUGUCACUGGACACCAGAGAACAUUAACAUUGUAUUUAGUUAUACAUGCGGCUGAUUUCACAGGCCUUCGCUAGCACUAAUCUUGAACUCGGUAAGGGGGCUGUGAAACCAGACGACCCUUAAAUUUAAGCAGCAAUAAGCAAAUUAUUUAAUCAGCAAAUGAAUGUGUUUCAAAUAUUACAUUUAAUCAGCAAAUUGAUUUAUAUACAUGUGCUUUUUUCUGAAUAUAUAUUGUCAAUGGUCAAUGUAAUUUUAUUAUUUGUUUCCUUCUGAUUUUUACCAAAAUAUAUUUUUGGGUUGUUUUUCUCGUUUCUUUAAAUUCAUUGCAAUUUGUGGGCUGUGUGAUUUCCAUACAAUACAAUUGUUUUAUAUGAAGUGUAUUUCACCCCAACCUCUCUUCCCUGUCUCGCUUUUGUGUGUUUGCUAUACUUCAUAUGUUCAUACUUCAUAUGUUCUAAACAAGAACCUUAUGUAUGUUCCACAGAUCUGCCGUGGUGUAAAUGUAACAGAAUUCUAAAUAAAAAGCCAUGCACUUCAGAA